AUGUCUAAAUCCUCAAUCGGCUUCGUCGGCCUAGGCGCCAUGGGCUUUGGAAUGGCCACACAUCUCGUGAAAGAGGGCUACCCAGUACACGGCUUCGAUGUGUUCCCAGCCUCGGUAGAGCGCUUCAAGACCGCAGGCGGAGUCCCAGCAUCAUCACUUCAGGACUCAGCCAAGGAUAAGGAUUUCUAUGUUUGCAUGGUAGCCUCAGCGCCGCAAGUGCAGAGCGUCCUUUUCGGGGAUGAGGCCCUCCCCCAAAACGCAACCCUCCUUCUCUGCUCCACCGUCCCAGCAUCCUACGCCCAAUCCGUCGCCGCAGAGCUCGCCUCCCUCGGCAGAAGCGAUAUAUCCUUCAUCGAUGCACCGGUGUCCGGUGGCGCGCUCCGCGCCGCAGCCGGCACUCUAUCAAUUAUGGCCGGUGCACCGGACGCCGCGCUGGAGAAAGGCCGGUUCCUACUACAGGAGAUGUCAGACGCGAAUAAGCUGUACCUUGUCCCCGGCGGGAUCGGCGCCGGUAGUAAUAUGAAGAUGGUGCACCAGGUACUGGCGGGUAUCCAUAUUCUUGGUGCUAGUGAAGCUCAAGGCUUUGCAGCGCAGCUGGGAUUAGAUGCUGUGAAGACGGCCGAGGCGAUUAAGUCUAGUCCGGCUUGGAGUUGGAUGCAUGAGAAUAGGUUGCAGCGCAUGCUAGAUGAGGAUUGGCAUCCUGGUGCUAGUGCUUUGACUAUCAUUCUUAAGGAUGUGGGGAUUAUCACAACUUCUGCGCGCCAAAGUCAAUUCCCGACUCCACUUUGCUCCACUGCCGAGCAGGUUUAUUUGUCGGCUUUGUUGCAGGGAUAUGGGCCUGUUGAUGACUCGUCUAUGGUGCGACAAUACUUUGCUGAGCCGAUUAUGAAGGUCGCCUCUACGAAGUCUGAGGAGGAGAUGGCGGAGGCGCUGCAGCUGGUGUUGGAUUUGAUGGAGGUGACGAACCUUGUUGCGGCUGCGGAAGCUAUUUCAUUUGCGCGCUAUCUCAAGGUCGAUUUGAAGCAGUUUUAUACUCUUGUUGCUGAUGCUGCUGGUGCUAGUCGGCAAUUUAUGACGAAGGGAUUGGAGAUUAUUGAGGGGCUUGGAGAGGGUGCAAAUGGGGAAUCUGAAACUCUUGAUGGGGCUAGUUCUCGUCUGGAGAAGGCUGUGCAGAAGGCGCGUGAUCUGCACUGUCCUUUGAAUCUUGGAAAUGCUGCCUUAAGUGUGUUAUUCCUGGCUAAGAAGUCUGGGUUAGGGGCUGAGGGGAGUGCUAGUGUGGUAAAAGCUUUUGAACAAUAG